AGGGGGCGGCUUCUCGGUGAAGGCUCGGCCGGCUCCUCUCUCGCAGUGCGGCGGCGGCGGCGGCGGCAGCAGCAGCGGCAGCGGCGACUCCUGCUCCUGUCCUCUGGCUCUCCCUCUCGCGUCUCGGGCUGCAGGUGGAAAAAAGACCAGCCAGAAUGGAUAUCUAUGACACUCAGACCUUGGGGGUUGUGGUCUUUGGUGGAUUCAUGGUGGUUUCUGCCAUUGGCAUCUUCCUGGUGUCAACCUUCUCCAUGAAGGAGACGUCAUAUGAAGAAGCCCUUGCCAACCAGCGCAAAGAGAUGGCAAAAACUCACCACCAGAAAGGAGAAAAGAAAAAGAAGGAGAAAACUGUGGAGAAGAAAGGAAAGACCAAGAAAAAGGAAGAGAAACCCAAUGGGAAGAUACCUGACCAUGACUUGUCUCCCAGUGUGACCAUGGUACUCAAGGAACCAGUGCGUGCACCUGCUGUAGCUGUUGCACCAACCCAGGUCCAGUCCCCUGUGGUCCUUACCCCUGUUGCCACGGUACCAGCCAUGCCUCAAGAGAAGCCAGCCUCCUCCCCUAAGGACAAAAAGAAGAAAGAGAAAAAAGUAGCAAAGGUGGAACCAGCAGUCAGUUCUGUAGUGAAUUCCAUCCAGGUUCUUGCUUCUAAGUCUGCUAUCUUAGAAGCCACUCCCAAAGAGGUGCCUAUGGUGGUUGUCCCACCAGUGGGUUCCAAGGCCAAUACCCAAACCCAGAGCCAGAGAAACAAGCGGGACGGAACCCCAAACCAGGGCAAAAAGGGGGAGGGGGCCCAGAACCAGGGCAAGAAAGGGGAGGGAGCCCAAAACCAGGGUAAGAAGGGGGAGGGGACCCAGAACCAGGGUAAGAAGGGGGAGGGAGCCCAGAACCAGGUAAGGAAGGAGGAGGGGACCCAGAACCAGGGCAAGAAAGGUGAGGGAGCCCAGAGCCAGGGCAAGAAGGGGGAAGGGGCCCAGAACCUGGGCAAGAAAGGGGAGGGGCCCCAGAACCAGGGCAAGAAGGGAGAGGGGGCCCAGAACCAGAUUAAGAAGGGGGAAGGGGCCCAGAACCAGGGCAAGAAGGGGGAGGGGGCCCAGAACCAGGGCAAGAAGGGGGAGGGGGCCCAGAACGAAGGUAAGAAGGGGGAGGGGGCUCAGAAUGCAGAAGGAACCCCAAACCAAGGAAAGAAGGGGGUGGGAGUCCAAAACCAGAGUAAGAAGGGGGAGGGUCCCCAGAACCAGGGUAAGAAGGGGGAGGGGGCCCAGAACCAGGGUAAGAAGGGGGAGGGGGCCCAGAACCAGGGUAAGAAGGGGGAGGGGGCCCAGAACCAGGGUAAGAAGGGGGAGGGGGCCCAGAACCAGGGUAAGAAGGGAGAGGGGGCCCAGAACCAGGGUAAGAAGGGGGAGGGGGCCCAGAACCAGGGUAAGAAGGGAGAGGGGGCCCAGAACACAGAAGGAAUCCCCAACCAGGGCAGGAAGGGGGAGGGGGCCCAGAACCAGGGUAAGAAGGGAGAGGGAGUCCAGAACCAGAGUAAGAAAGGGGAGGGGACCCAAAACCAGGCCAAGAAGGGGGAAGGGGCCCAGAAAGCAGAAGGAACCCCAAACCAGGGCAAGAAAGGAGAGGGCCCUCAGAACCAGGGUAAGAAGGGAGAGGGGCCCCCGAACCAGGGUAAAAAGGGAGAGGGACCCCAGAACCAGGGCAAGAAGGGAGAUGGUGCCCAGAACCAGGCCAAAAAAGUGGAAGGGUCUCCUAACCAGGGGAAAAAGGCAGAAGGGGUUCAGAACCAGGGCAAAAAGGCAGAAGGAACCCCAAACCAGGGUAAGAAGACAGAGGGAGCCCAGAACCAGGUCAAGAAGGGGGAGGGGCCCCAGAAUCAGACCAAGAAGGGGGAGGGGGCCCAGAAUCAGGCCAAGAAGGGGGAAGGAGCUCAGAUCCAGGCCAAGAAGGGGGAGGGCGCCCAGAACCAGGGCAAAAAGGAGGGAACUCCUAACCAAGGCAAAAAGGGGGAAGGUGCUCCUAACCAGGGCAGAAAGGCAGAGGGGGCCUCCAACCAGAGCAGAAAGACCGAUUCAGUUGCUAAUCAGGGUACAAAGGCUGAGGGGUCUCCCAAUCAAGGCAAAAAGGGAGAGGGAACCCCAAACCAAGGCAAGAACGUAGAAGGAUCCCCCGGCCAAGGCAAAAAGGUAGAUGCAGCUCCCAAUCAAGGCAAAAAGUCAGAGUUGGCCCCUGCCCAGGGUAAAAAUUCAGGAAUGAUCCAGAACCAGGAGGCACCUAAGCAAGAGGCCCCUGCAAAAAAGAAGUCAAAGAGAAAAGGCGAGCCUGGACCCCCAGAUUGCGACAGCCCUCUCUUCUUGCCCUACAAGACGCUGGUCUCCACAGUUGGAAGCAUGGUGUUCAGUGAGGGUGAGGCUCAACGGCUCAUUGAGAUCCUCUCCGAGAAGGCUGGCAUCAUUCAGGACACCUGGCAUAAGGCCACUCAGAAGGGUGACCCUGUGGCAAUUCUGAAACGCCAACUAGAAGAGAAAGAAAAGCUGCUGGCCACAGAGCAGGAGGAUGCAGCUGUCGCCAAGAGCAAGCUGAGGGAACUUAACAAGGAGAUGGCCUCAGAGAAGGCCAAGGCUGCAGCCGGGGAAGCCAAGGCGAAGAAGCAGUUGGUAGCCCGGGAGCAGGAGAUUGCAGCCGUGCAGGCACGCAUGCAGGCCAGCUACCAUGAGCAUGUGAAAGAGGUGCAACAGCUGCAGAGCAAGAUCCGAACUCUUCAGGAGCAGCUGGAGAAUGGUCCCAACACCCAGCUGGCUCGCUUACAGCAGGAGAACUCCAUCCUGAGAGAUGCCUUGAACCAGGCUACGAGCCAGGUGGAGAGCAAGCAGAAUGCAGAGCUGGCAAAGCUCCGGCAGGAGCUCAGCAAGGUCAGCAAGGAGCUGGUGGAGAAGUCGGAGGCCUCCCGGCAGGAGGAACAACAGCGGAAGGCUCUGGAAGUCAAGGCAGCCACCUUCGAGAAGCAGAUUUUGCAAUUGCAGGCAUCCCACAAGGAGAGUGAGGAAGCUUUGCAGAAGCGCUUAGACGAGGUCACCCGGGAACUGUGUCGUGCACAGACCAGCCAUGCCAGCCUCCGGGCAGAUGCUGAGAAGGCCCAGGAGCAGCAACAGCGGCUAGCAGAGCUGCACAGCAAAUUACAGUCCUCUGAGUUGGAGGUGAAGAGCAAGUGUGAGGAGCUGAAUGUCCUCCAGGGGCAGCUCAAAGAGGCCAGGAUGGAGAACUCACAGCUCACAGAGAGGAUCCACUCCAUUGAGGCCCUUCUGGAGGCAGGCCAGGCCCACGACACCCAGGCCAACCGAGCUGAGACAGACCAGCAGCAGACUCGCCUCAAGGAGCUGGAGUCGCAGGUGUCAUGUCUGGAGAAGGAGGCCAGCGAGCUCAAGGAGGCCAUUGAACAGCAAAAAGGGAAGAACAAUGACCUCCGAGAGAAGAACUGGAAGGCCAUGGAGGCACUGGCCUCGGCCGAGAGAGCCUGUGAGGAAAAGCUGCGUUCCGUCACCCAGGCCAAGGAGGAGUCUGAGAGACAGCUCCGCCUUACUGAGUCCCAGACCAAGGAGACCCUGUUGACUCUGCUCCCAGAGCUCCCUGUCUCAGCACACCAGAAUUAUGCUGAGUGGCUGCAGGAAGUCAGGGAGAAGGGCUCUGAACUACUGAAGAAGCCAUCUGCUACUCCCGAGCCACCCUCCGACAUAGUUUCCAAGUUGAGAGAGGCCGAGGAAACCCAGAGCACCUUGCAGGCCGAAUGUGACCAGUACCGCACAAUCCUGGCAGAGACGGAGGGCAUGCUCAGAGACCUGCAGAAAAGUGUCGAGGAGGAGGAGCGAGUGUGGAAAGCCAAGGUGGGCGUUGCUGAGGAGGAGCUCCAGAAGUCACGGGUCACAGUGAAGCAUCUUGAAGACAUUGUGGAGAAGCUGAAAGGAGAACUUGAAAGCUCAGAUCAGGUGAGGGAGCACACCUCACUCCUGGAGGCAGAGCUGGAGAAGCACAUGGCAGCUGCCAGCACUGAGUGCCAGAACUAUGCCAAGGAGGUUGCAGGGUUGAGGCAACUUCUAUUAGAAUCUCAGUCUCAGCUGGAUGCAGCCAAGAGUGAAGCCCAGAAACAAAGCAAUGAACUUGCCCUGGUCAGGCAGCAGUUGAGUGACAUGAAGAGCCACGUAGAGGAUGGUGACAUGGCUGGGUCCCCAGAUGUCCCCCCAGCCGAGCAGGACCCUAUGAAGCUAAAAACACAGCUGGAGCAGACGGAAGCCAUCCUGGAGGAUGAGCAGAUGCGGCGGCAGAAGCUCACUGCUGAGUUUGAGGAGGCUCAGAGCACAGCAUGUCGGUUACAAGAGGAGUUGGAAAAGCUCCGUGCUGCUGACCCUCUGGAGUCUUCUAGAACAGAGGAGGCUACACAGCUCAAGGAAAGACUAGAAAAAGAAAAGAGGUUAACUAGUGACCUGGGGCAUGCAGCUACCAAACUACAGGAGCUUUUGAAGACAACCCAGGAGCAGCUGGCAAAAGAGAAGGACACAGUUAAGAAGUUGCAAGAACAGUUGGAGAAAACAGACGGUACCAGCUCAAAGGAGGGCACCUCUGUCUGAGUCUCCUGCAAACUGUUCAACUUACCAAAAUGCCUUACACAUUCCUUAGAAAUAAACCAACCAACACAGCGUUGUCCAGGCCCAACUUCCAGUAGCUCUGAAAGAAGCCACUGGGGACAAGUCUUUUAGAGACACAGAAAUAAAUCUUCCAGACCCCCAGUCUGUAAAAGAACCUUUGUCACAUUUGAUAAACACUGUUCCCAGGAGCGGCCCUGGACCACCUUGAAGAGACGCCAAAGCCCUCAACGCUGACAGACCAGGGUGUUCUGGGAGGCCGGGACACUUAGGAUCUAUGUCAAUCAGUGCAAUUGUUUUUCUCAGUGGGGUGGGAGGGGUCAGAAAGCAGCAGAACUGGGUGGUGAGUUCUCAGAGGCUGCUGAGCAGACUGCAAGCUCACGGCAUGGCCCAGCCCAGCCAGGCGGGCAGCCUCUUACCCCUGGAGUUGCCAAGCAGAACUGAUGUGUGACACCUGGAUGUCAAUGCCAUUAAAACCAACGUGUUGCCCGGCA